AUGGAAGAUCUACAAAACUCACUCAGUCAAUAUAGUGAGCAAUUACAAUUGGUCAAUGACGCUCUUGCAAAAGCUCAAGAUGAUAUUGAACGGGAAUCCCUGAUGGCACUACAAUCUGAAAUGCAAGAGCUUAUUCAACUUACCCAAGAGAGUUUAGAUACACAACAGGCUAAGCAGGCAAAUAAAGAGGAAUCUGAUCUACAAGCUAAUGAACAUGGUAGCAAAAGUGAUUUAGAUAGUGAAUAUGCCUUAUUUAUGGAAGAAAUGUCUAAAAGUGGUGUGUAUGAAACCGAAAAACGCCAAGACGCAACAGGUUUAAAAGAUGACAUUACAAAAGGCGAUGAUGACGACAGUGAUAUAGAGGAUGAAUUGGCUACAUUAUUAGGUAUGAAAUGUGCAGUAUAUCAUACUCAUAAAUGGGGUGGGCAGCCAAGCUUACACAAUGCCAUGGUUAGCAGUGUGGAGCCGCGUCAGAAUAAUGAUCAGUUUAGUGAUCUGCAGGUCCGUGUCUUAUUUACUCACCCGACGCACGCAGAAAUGUUGCCAUGUCCAUUUUUUCUUGAUGGUGAAUGUAAAUUUAGUGAUGAGCAAUGUAGGUAUUCGCAUGGUGCACUAGUAAAAUUAUCAAGUUUAAAGGAGGCCAUAGAACCGAAUUACGAAAUGAUUAGACCUGGAAGUAGAAUAUUGUUAAAAUUGAAAGCACCUGACAGUGAGGAUAUUAGUGUGGCGAAAAAAUCUACCGAAAGAUAUCACUUGUGGCACGUAGCCGUAGUUAGAAGUGUAGAUUUAGAGACAAGAACUUGCGUGGCCAAAUUAGAGCACGGCGUGAAAACCGGCGAGAAGAGGAAGACCACGGCGUACGAGCUUCAUGUGUCAUUUGAAGACAUCUUUCCGUUAAAUACUGAAAAUGGUGAAGAUUUCGAGUCCGACGAUAGUCUAAGCGACACUGAAUACCCGGAGAGUAAAAGUGGUCGCUUGGAACUUGACCCAAGCCAACGCGAUUUGCUGGUUGAAAAAAGUCUACAAAAUAACGGCCCUAUUAUGGGCGAAUGGGAGAGACAUACAAGAGGUAUUGGAUCGAAGAUAAUGCUGUCGAUGGGCUACGUGCCGGGCACGGGGCUGGGCGCGGCGGGCGACGGCCGCCUGCAGCCCGUUGAGGCGCGCGUGCUGCCCGCCGCUAGGGGACUCGACCACUGCAUGCAGAUACAAGAGAACAACGCCUCCCAGGAUCCGCUCAAGGUGGAAAAGAAACUAAGGAGAUUGCAAAAACGAGAGGAAGAGCGAAAUAAAAGGGCAUAUGAACGCGAGAAAGAGCGGGAGCGAAGAAAUGUUUUUAAUUUUCUUAACAGGACGUUAGGAGAUUCAAGUGAUAAGCCAGAGUCGUCUACUGGUAUCUCCAUUUCAGAUAUAAAGCAAUCCACUAGCAAAGAUUUGAACAUCGAACAGUUUAAAAUCACACAAGAUAGCAAAAGACUUGAGCAGGAAAUAUUGAAAUUAAACACUUCUUUAGCUAAAUAUCAUUCACGAACUAGUGUAUAUAUAAACUUAAAAAGCCAAAUUGAUGAAAAGAGUAAAGAAUUGGAAACACUUAAAAAUAGAGAACAGCAGAUUGAAAAGGAACAAAAACAUCGAAAAGAUAAGAAAAAGAUGACAGUGUUUUAA